UUGGGUUGCGCCAUUUUUCAUCAGCAACGGGUUUCCAGAUUGCAUGUCAGCCUUUAAAUUGCUUUCCUUGGAGUACCACCAGGCAUUCCUCGCAAAAGAGUUGUUGUGAAGUUUGGCGUGCGAAGGCGUUUUUUUUCUAGACAUCACUAGGAGCAACACAAAAGUUGGUCGACCUCAGUUCUCGCAGUCUCAGUUGGCGGAGUGUUCCCUAGCUAGGCUUUAGCAUCGAACAGUGACAGCGGUUGUACACACAUUUGUUGUUGUGUCGGAUAUCGUUUUCUAUGAUGUUGGCUUUCUUGUGGGUGCUACGUCUGAACAUGUUCUUUGUUAACUCGCAUGUCUCACAUUUGGAAGCUUAUUUUGCCAGUACAGCAGUUAAGGUGAACUCCACCGUAGCGUGAUUUUUCAUCUCAUCAAUUGCCGUGUCUUGCGUUUGGCCCUGUGCGGCACAGCCAGUGCUCGCGCCGCAAAACCCAACCCCCACACCCCACCCAGUGCCCCCCUGCCCCUGCCCUCUGAGCUAUGAGCAGAGGCAGAGGAGGGCCCCCGACAGAUCACCCGCGAUUCUCCCAGCCUUGGAACCACUUGGGCAAGCCCCGGUACGAGAACGGCCCAGGCCACGGCUACGGCCCACCACCACCACCACCGCCCUUUGCCUCCCGCCACCGGAGCCCCGGCUCGUUCUACGACAGGCGCCCUCCCCAACACCCCCCCGGUGGCUCACCCUUUAACGGAGGCGCUUCUCCCCCCACCUUGGCCAAUGGUGUAGCCGCCCUCGGGGACUUCCGAGACCAACAGGAGCGCUUCUUGCAGGGUCAGGCGCUCCACGCCCCUCAGUUCCGCGGCCCUCCCCGCUCACCCAAUCAGCAGCGACCCACAGAGAGGAGCGGGUUUGACCAAUCGCGCGGCUACUACAGACAACCACCACCAGCAGCAGCAGGCUGCCACACCAGCGGCAGAGGAGGUAGGAGGAGUCCGGGACUCACCGGCAGCUACCAUCCCCCCCGCUUCCCCAAGCGAGAGCCAGCCCACUGGAGCGGGCAGCAGCAGCCACACUCUCAUUCCCAAACGCGGCACCCGACCCCAAGACCGUACUGGGACAACAACGUCACUGUCAUAUCAGAGGGCUUGGAGGGCCUGACGCUAGACUAUUACAACGGCCCCAGCGGCCGUGCACCCAACCCCAACCAGGCCUCAUCCAGUAGCAGCGGCACCUAUACAACCAGAGGCACAGACAGGCCGCACAGCAAUACCGCUGCACCUCAUUCCACCGAGCUGAGCUCAGACAUCAGGCAACGCGUCUACCAGGUGCUCGCGUCCCUAGGCCCCAACGAGACCGUCCAGACCAGGCCCCUGGCCAAAAGGCUGCGCCUUCCUAAAAAGGUGGUAAACCAGGUGUUGUACUCUCUAAAGCGCGCGGGACAGGCCAGCAAGCAAGGCGACUCGCCACCCGAGUGGUCACUGCGCCGGGAGCAGACGGGUGCGGAGACGACAGCAGCCGGGCAGGCGGUGUCUGUAGCACCAAGCACCAGCAGCGAGACACUUACUGUGACUGUGAAGCAGGAGCCCAACUCCCCCAGCCGCCAGGACGCACAGGAGACCGACGGCAACCAGCAACGCCUUGUGACCGUUAAGCAGGAGAUUCCUCACAGUGCUCAAGCGGACGUAGAAGUAGAGGAGGAGGAGGAAGAAGAAGAGGAGGAGGAGGGGGAGGAGGACGACGACGAGGACGACGACGAAGAGGACGACGAAGAAGAGUGCCUCAGUCUUCCUGUGGGUCUCAGUGAGGUGAAAGAAGAACCCUCCUUAGGUUUUUUCAACCAGGCAAGCGGCGACAACCUCCUAACACUAGCAGCAGCAGCAGCAGUCGAAGAAUCCAGUCUUUCGGCCAGCAACCUUCCCACGACUCGCACUGUGCCCGCCACUGUGCCAGGCAUCAUCAUGGCGGAGACGCGGGACAAGCGCGAGCGCGUGCUGCUCUACCUGCACGAGACGGGCGAGGCCUGCAGCGCCCUGCACAUCGCCAAGAACAUGGGCCUGAGCAACGCCAAGCAGAUCAACCCGCUCUUGUACAGCCUGGAGAAACAGGGCCAGAUCAGCCGCAACACAGACGGCUCCCAGCCCAAGUGGGAGCUCACCGAGCACAGCCGCGAGCGCAUGCAGCGGCAGCGCAAGGUGGCGGAGGCGGCGGCGGAGGCCGGGUCGGCGGCGGUGAAGGCCGAGACGAAGAUGGAGGACGUGCAGGUGAAGAUGGAGGACGGCUUGGAGCACAUGAUGCUGAUGAUCAACGACGUACGCAGCACCCUGGGCAACGGGGCCCCUCCACACAUCAAGGGUGAACGCGAUGGAGCUGCCGCCGUCGGUGGCAACAACGGCAACGAUGGUGGUGGCAGCGGUCCCGACUCGUCCGAGUGGGCCACGGACGAGAUCCCCGAGUUCCUCAAUGUGAUUGGCCAGAACGAGCAGCAGCAGCUUCAGCAGUGCCGGAGGGCAGGGGGCCCGGGCAGCGGCAACGGUGCCAACAGCGGUGGCGCCUUGCAGCCCGACGGGGGCACGGUGGCAGUGUCGCUGGCGGCGGCCCCACCUCACCCCAGCACGCUGGAGGCCAGCCGGCGGCAGAAGCUGCAGGAGGUGCGCAGCAAGAACCCCGUCAGUGGGCUGAUGGAGCUGGCACAGUACCUGGGCCACACCUGCGAGUUCCUGCUGCUCGACCAGUCGGGGCCCUCCCAUGACCCCAGGUUCCGCAUGCAGGUGACGCUGGAUGGCCGGCGCUUCCCCAGUGCUGAGGCGUCCAACAAGAAGGUGGCCAAAAACUAUGCGGCAGCAGCCACACUGAAGGUGCUGCAGCGCGAGCUGGGCGGAGCUGAGGGGGAGGAGGAGCUGGAGAACGAGGAAGAGCCCAGCGACAUGAGCAUGGCCCCAGCCAACGACAGCAUGGAGGAGUUCACAAGUGGUGAGUCGGGCCCCCCAGCGUUGGCACGCUCGCUGCCCGGUGGGAAGAACCCGGUCUCCAUGCUGAUGGAGCACAGCCAGCGCAGCGGAGACGCAGUCGAGUUCAUCAACACACGCCAGGAAGGCCCACCGCACGACCCACGCUUCAUGUUCCGGGUGAAGGUGGGUGAGUGCAUGUUUAAGGAGGCGUCUGCCCCCAGCAAGAAGGCCGCCAGGCAGCUGGCAGCAGAGGAGGCUGUGAAGGAGAUGUUGGCAGACGGGCGACUGCAGCUGAACAAGCCGCAGCCCAGUAGUUUCCUACCGGAUGCCAGCGGUGGAGGCAGUGCCAUGAACACCCCUGCGCUGCCGGCGUGCCCGUCCCUGCCCCCCCUGAGCGCGGCCGAGCUGCAGCGGGCUCACGAGGCAGGUGUGGGGGACCUCAUCAACCACCUCAACAACAACGCAGUGUCGGGCCUGCUGGAGUAUGCACGGGCACGUGGCUUCGCCGCCGAGAUACGCCUGGUCGGACAGAGCGGACCGCCUCACGAGCCCAGGUUCACCUACCAGGCUAAGCUGGGCGGUCGCUGGUUUCCUGCGGUGUGCGCGAGCAACAAGAAGCAGGGCAAACAGGAGGCCGCAGAUGCCGCGCUGCGCGUGCUCAUCGGAGAGGCGGAGAAGGCCGCGCGCACUGGGGAGGUCACCUCAGAGUUACCAGUAACAGGCAGCACCCUACACGAUCAGAUUGCCAUGCUGAGCCAUCAGCGCUUCAAUGCCCUGACGGCACGCAUACAGCACAGCCUUCUGGGUAGGAAGAUCCUGGCCACCAUCGUCAUGCGCAAGGGGGACACGCUGGGACCUGUCGUCAGCCUGGGAACAGGGAAUCGCUGUGUGAAGGGAGAGGAGCUCAGCCUCAAAGGCGACACAGUGAACGAUUGCCACGCGGAAAUCAUAUCGCGACGAGGCUUCAUCAGGUUUCUGUACAGCGAGUUGCUGAAGCACUUGGACGGUUCUGAGGAGUCCAUCUUCGAGCCGUCUAUGGCUGACGAGGGCAAGCUGAGGAUCAAGCCCGACAUCACCUUUCACCUCUACAUCAGCACGGCUCCGUGUGGUGACGGGGCGUUGUUUGACAAGUCGUGCAGCGAGUCAGCGACAGAGGCGGGCUCGGGUCACCAGCCGCUCUUUGAGAACGCCAAACAGGGCAAGCUCCGCACCAAAGUGGAGAACGGUGAGGGCACCAUCCCGGUGGAGUCGAGUGCCAUCGUGCCCACGUGGGACGGCAUCCAGCAUGGGGAGCGUCUGCGCACCAUGAGCUGCAGCGACAAGAUCCUGCGCUGGAACGUCCUGGGCCUGCAGGGGGCGCUGCUCUCGCACUUCCUGCACCCCAUCUACCUGAGCUCCAUCACUCUGGGUUACCUGUAUAGCCAUGGGCACCUGACGCGAGCAACGUGCUGCCGAUUGUCCAGAGACGGAGACGAGUUCUUGAAGAGCUUGCCCCUACCAUACACACUCAACCAUCCAGAGGUGGGGCGAGUGAGUGUGUAUGACUCCACGCGUCAUACGGGUAAAACCAAGGAGUCAAGCGUCAACUGGAGUCUUCCGGACCUUCUGAGUGUAGAGGUGUUGGAUGGCACCAAGGGAAAAGUGGACGGGCCCAAAUUGGAGGUGUCGCGCGUGUCCAAGUCUAGUCUGCUGCGCCUCUUCCAGGAGCUGUGCGUGCGCUCGAACCGCUCCGACCUGCUGGCGCUGCCCUCCUACGCCCAGGCCAAGAUGGCAGCCGAGCCCUUCCAGAGGGCCAAGAGCUGCUUCUUCCAGGCCCUCAGCCAGCACGGCUACGGGGCCUGGAUCGGCAAGCCCCUGGAGGAGAAGAGCUUCGAGGGAGGCAGCGGCGGCAGUAGUAGCGGGAGCAACGGGGCCACCAUGGCCGAUAUGUCCGGUGGCGGCGUUGCCGGUUUUGGCGGUGGAGUUUUCGACGCCAGUGCUGGCGGUGCUUACACAAAUGCUAACGCUUUUCCCCAGGCCUACGGCAGCACAGCAUACCCCCAGAGUCUGUAAGGAGAGGAGGAGCAGGGUGGGAGGGACGAAGGGAUGGAUGGAGGGGGGGAGGUAGGUAGGGAGGGAGGGAAGUGGGGAAAGAUUACUAAGGGAAAAAUGAAGAAAGGAGGAGGAUGAAGUCUAAUGGGGGGUGUGGAGGACGAGUAGUGAGGUCUUUUGGGGGGUUAAGUGGGGAUACCCACUUGUCAUCAGCACUCGAGGGAGCGUCAUUACAUUAACUUCACGGCAAAUCAAAUAAGUCACAAUAUUUAAGACGGAGCUUGAGAAUGAGCUAUUAGUAGUUAGAGCCGUAGGGGGGCCUUUGUAGAAGAUUGCAUUCUAUUCUUUUUUUUAAAUGCUAGUUGUCUAAUAAUCAAUAUCUUAAAUACAUAUAUAGCAACAAUCAAAUGGUUGAUAACCUCCAUAGCAAAGGCAGGGUGAGGUGUGGAAAUGCCCUGUAGUUGUUAUUAAGUUUAAAAAAAAAAAAAAAAAAGACCUGAGUGCUUCACGGGUAAGAACUAUUUUUUGUGUUGAAUUCCAUCCUCCUAGGUUCCAGAGUUUCAUCCAUAGGUACCUGUGUUCCAGCCCUAGGGUCCUGAGUUUCCGCCCUAGGGUCCUGAGUUCCAUCCAUUGGUUCCUCAGUGGCAGCCCUAGGGUCCUGAGUUCCAUCCAUUGGUUCCUGAGUUCCAACUAUAGGUUCCUCAGUUCUCUCACCUACAGCUGUGUCUCGCCGUCGGCUGCUCCUGCUGUCGGACCCUCGGCGCUGUUGUUUUACGCCUUUCUUUUGUUGACUCUCAUUUAAAAGAAACAUUAGGUGAAGAACAACAAAUGUAUACAUAUAAUAUGUACAGAUGCAUGCACGCACAGGUGUGUAUAUAUAUACCCUCGGCACUGACUGUGUGUGGAUAUAUAUAUUUGGAUUUGUGUGUUUAUGUAUAUGUAUGUAUCGUAUGUAUAUAUUUUCUAGAGAAAUUUACUUGUUUUAUAUUGUUCGACUUUUUUAAGUACUUGGCAAUUAAGAGUGUUUUUUUUUCCUUUUUUUAAGAUACUUAAAAUUAGUAGCCUGCUGUUAUACCGAUACAUGCGAGUGUGUAUACACAAGCCUUUGUACACUCAAGCCUUUGUGCCCCCUUCCCAUACAAAACACAUGCACACACACACACACACACACACACUCGACUCAACUUGCGUACAGCACAUCAGCAGAGGGCAAUACUGGAGUGAGAUGGAAUCCUGUCUUGACCGCCCCUAAUCAGGUCUAAUGGCUGUUGCAUUGCAAGAGCAACACUUUAUCUCUAUACCACCUACGCACUCAGCAGACACACGCGCACACACAUAAUAUACACACACACACACAAAUGCACACACAUAUACGCACAUACACACACAUAUACGCACACAGACAUACACACACACACACACACACACACAUACACACACACACACAAUCUCCGCAGAGAACUGAGCACAUCUUCAAAGCGUAGGUCUCCAGCACCCUUUCAUUCACACUGACAUGAAGACAUCUUCAAAGCUCCUUCUAGGCCCCGUUUUUUCCCCCCCUCUCCUCACUUACACGAGUGCGUUCAGAAGAUCGGGGUUUCACCUCUACAAGAAAUAUAUAAAUAAUCACACCAGCAAAUUUCAGAGUUUCCAAUCCCAUGUUGAGGGACUUGGUCUACAUUCAGCAGUAGCAGCGUAGCAUGUGUGUGGGAUGUGCGCGUGAGAAAGAUCGUUUUAGCCCAGCAGUUACCCAGUAAGAAUGCCGCUUUCAUUUUAAACGGAUUGAUACUCAAAAGUUUCCCUGUACUGUACUGAGUUUUUCGGUUCCAUCUCAGCUGCAAUGGUCCCAAAUUGUGAAGGCAGGGUCGUUUGUUUUCUUUUCCUGCAAUAAACAGAAAAAUAAUCAGA